UUCCGCUCUCCCGCUUGGUGGACGCACGCACAGAUUUUUACAAGAUGACUGGGGCCGCGGUUAAAAAGGGCUCAUCGGGGCCGUCCGGUGUUGCAGAGUGGAUCAGUUCUGCUUGUCGGUUCGCCGCAGACAGGAACGAUUUUAGAAGGAAUCUGCUGGUCAAUCUAGGGUUGUUUGCAGCUGGCGUUUGGGUUGCGAGAAAUCUCUCAGAUUUUGAUCUGAUGUCUCCUCAACCCGUGGCUUAGUUCCGUCUGUAUAUCCAUGAAAUGGAUGAUGGUGUCAUGGACCAAAUUGGGAGGCAAGGGAAGAUCAAGCUUGCAUUUGUUUCACUGGAAACAAAUGUCAUUACCAAUGUCACAGAUUUAUCAUUUUUCAUCCUAAUAAAGACUUUUUUUUAUUGUAUGCCACUGUAAGAGGACUGCAUAACCACCCGGACAGUUGAGCUGCACUUAACAUCUGUUACUGUUUUCUUUGACCCACAUGUUAUUGUUUUUACAUUUUAUUUAAUAGGUUUGCACUCUUACCAUACUCGAAUGAAUAGUGUAACCUGGCAUACACAAAAUAGAAAACCGCUGUCAAACAUAAAAUAAUAAUUGAGGUCAUUAGUAUUGGGGAAGAGUUUACCUAAUGAAGCGAGUGUUUUAUUUUGGUACAUUUUGUCAGUUUGAGCCUUGUGCCGUGCAUUUUCCAUGACAAUGUCCUCUCAAGAGCUGUUCUUUGCUUCUGCUCGUAAAUGUUUGUCUGUUGGGAAAAAAUCCCUCUCUUUACCUCUUAGUUUGGACCUGGCUGCUCAGGUUUUGGCCAU